UCUUCGUUUAAGCUCCUUAGCGAAUCUUGUGAAAGCAUGGCAUUUUGUUCAAGGAGUAUGAUUAGCAGGAAAGAAAGAUGCAGUUAUUUUGGUAUUUUUUAUGUAAAAGUAGUGUGCUACAGUUGGUUAUAUGCAGUUAUUUUGGUAUUUUUUUAAUGUAAAAGUAAUGUGCUACAGUUGGUUAUCAUCAUGGUCCAUCAAGUACAUUUACUUCCCUUUGAUCUCAAUGAAACCAUGGAGAAACACCUGUUGAUUGUGCCUUACUCAAUAUGAAUGUUGGAAACAUUUAUAUACUGAACCAAAAUGUAGAACUUUGAUCAGGAUUUUGAUUGUUUAUCUCUUGACCUUAUCGUUCUGUUUUGGCAUUUCUUUAGAUCAGCCAGCAUCUUUUCUCUGACUAGAAUCAUUGUUUACAAAAUCUGUUGAUUUAAGAGGAUGAUUCUUAGACCAUUACCUUGAUUUGUGUAUCUCAAACUUCUCAAAAUUGAGGAAAAUUCAUUUUGAGAAAAUGGUUUCUGGCAUUGUGCCCACUUGCAAAUUGGAAAGUAAAAGCCAUUAACAGAAUUAUGGUUAGCUGUAUGAUGAACAAAAGUGUGGUGUGCCUCAAAAAAUAUCCUCCGAAGAUGCAAAAAAAAAUAGUUUUAACAAGUAUAUUUCUGAUGACUGAGUACAAGCUAAUCCGUGAUUUGUAAGGCUGCAGGAUUGGCAAUAGAAGAAUGGGCAAGAUGACAACUACUACUGCAAGAUAAAGACAGGGACUAAAAGGAGGAAGAGUAUACAAGAAUAAAGAAACUUAAUUCUUAAGAGACUAAGCCAAUCUUCUUUGAAUAUUGGAAUCCUCAUAUUAGGUUUAAGAACUUGAUGGUCUCCAAACCCAUGGAGAAAUGACUCAGCUCGCAAGAAAAGCUGUUUUGUAUUGACUAGGAUUUACUUCUGAUUCACCGCAGUCUCCAUUAAGACUGGGAUUGUAAUGGGGUGUUGCACACAAGUACAACUCAGACAAAUUAUGGUUCCAAAUGCAUUCUGCAACCUUCCCCAGUGUCAUCUUGUUGAAAGCCCAUACUUGCGGAAGCUUCAUGACUUGAUUAACAAUGAGGCCAAAGCAUUGGAUGGUAUCUAUCUCGUUCCAAAUGGAGUGCAUUCAAUCUUACAAAUUAAAGAGCAGCAGUUUGCCAUGCAUUGUGAUGCAAUGAAAGAAGAAUUUAAACUGCUUUCAGAACCAUUCAAAGUUUUUGAUUUUGAAUUUUGGAAAAGGCCAGAAAGCAAUAGAAAAACCGAGGUCUGCAUAAAAGCUACUAAUGAUGGUACAAUUCAUGCUAUUGUCUCAUGGUGGUUGCUUCAACUUGACAAUGAAGGAACAAUUUUUUAUUGUACUGGACCAAAAUGGAUUAGUGAUCAAUCCAAAUCAUUCUUCCCGGGUAUGGGAAAUUGGUGUGACCACUGGAAACAGUGCAUUUGGUUCCUACCAGAGAAAGGUAUGACUGUGUGCAAGCAUCAAGAGGUUUUUGUAGGUGCUAGACAUACGAAAACUAGUAUCUCAUACAGAGUUAAGACUUCAUUGGAGAAAGAAGAUGGGGGACAUUGCGACCCUUCUCCAGGAGAUAAUCAGAUCUUUCUAACACCGGAGCAAAUUGCGAUAUAUGGAGAUUGUAAUUGGCGAUUGUCAAUGUUUAAUGUGAUUAAGAAUGCUUUGAAGCAGAAAGUUUCUCCCAUGUGCAUUGUUGUGGAUGACAGUCUUUUCCUGCCGAUUGCUAUUGCCAGUCUUUCUAAAUCAGCACAUGUUAUAGCCUUGUUCCCUGGACUGCGAGAGAAGGGGACCCACUAUUUGCAAGCCGUUGCUUCUUCAAAUUUUUACUCAAUGGAUCGUUUAGAAGUUCUGAGGACAAGGAACCAGCAAUUGACAAUGGAAAAUACGCAUCAAACAAAGGUUGGCCUUUUUGUUGGAGAACCUUUCUAUUAUGGAAAUGAGAAUGUGCUUCCUUGGCGAAACUUGCGAUUUUGGAAGGAGCGAACAAUGCAUGAUUCUGUCCUAUCAAAAGACGUGCUGAUAGUGCCUUGUAAGGGUAUAUUGAGGGCUUGUGCAAUGUCUCUUCCUGAUUUUUGGAGAAGUCGCCGAUGCCUGCAAGAGAUUGAAGGCUUUGAUCAUUCAGUUGCCAAUUCUACUUUAGGGGCAUGUGGAGACUUACCCGCAGAUGAAGAAGGUCCUUGUCUACCCUUUCCUAUAUGGCAGUGUGGCGAAAGCAAGAGACUCAGUGAUACGGUCUCUAUCAUGGAAUUUGAUUUCUUGAAACCAAUCAGUUCAUGCGCUGGGACAGCUCAGGUUGAAUUUACAGAAUCUGGGAUUUGUCAUGGAUUUGUACUUUGGAUUGAUUGGAUGAUGGAUUCAUCCACUGAGUUGUCAACCGGACCAGAUAAAGGAUAUUGGAAGCAAGCAGUGAAACUUCUGAAUAAGCCUGUAGCUGUUGGAAGCCACGGAUUGACUCUUGCUGAUUGUUUCUCUACAGAAAUCAAAGCAUCAUUUGAUCCGUCAAGUGGUGACCUCAAUAUUAAGUAUGUAUUUUUCUAAUUCAGGAACUGGCAAUCUGUUACUGUCCAUGCCUUUUUAUCCUCAUGAUUUCCUUGAUGUAACUGCGAGGUGAGAAAGAUUGAACUUUCAUUGAUUAGGACAUUCCUUUACCAUUUUUUUUCCCCUCUCAAAUAAAUGAGUGUAUAAGUUCACUGC